UGAAGAUCUCUUUACCAGCGACACCCGGGUUUGCUCAACUUAAUAGCCUCUUCAUUUUUGUGAGAAAAUGCUUACAUUCAUGACUCUCCUGGUUUUUCUGUUAUCCCACUUUCAAGCCACUCAACAGAACGAAAAUUCAGAAGAGAAUGGCAGUGAAGAAGCACUUCUAAAACUAUCAAUGGAUAUUUCCCCUUUCACUAUAAUUGAAGAAGGAACACGGCUGAACAUCACUUGCUCCUACAGAUCAAUAAGGUGUAUCACUGGGAAAGCAAGAAUGGUCAUUCACAAGGAUGGAGAAAAAAAGGACCUCACGAUUUCACAUGAUUCUGCAAAAUGUUAUGGCAGCUACAUCAGAGAAUCAGCAAAUGUCUCAGAUUCAGGAGCAUAUAAAUGCCAAUGGUCAAGCAACAAUUACACAGAAGAAAUAGGACCCAGUCAGAUCAUUGUAAGCGAAACUGUGUCCCAACCAGUGCUGAGCUCACCCACUUCCCGAGUUAAGACAGGCCAGAAUGUGACCCUCUUUUGUGUCUCAGAGAAUGGCUCUCAUCCUAUCACAUACAGAUUUUUUAGAGGAAAUAAGACUAUAUCACCCCCUAUAUGUGUAGAGGGGAAGGCAGCUGCUAAUAUUUCUUUAACUAUCAAUUCUUCCAAUGUUUUGGGUGACUAUAAGUGCAAAGCUGAAAACAGAAUUCCCAAUUCAAAGAAAUACAGCAACAGUCUCAGGUUUACCUUGUCAGAGAAGGCAGGCAUUUCCUAUCUACUCUGGAUUUCUCUUGUGGUCUUCCUCCUGCUGGUGGUAAUCGUGAUUGCUGUGGCAAUUCCAUUUCUUUUCCUUCCUUGGUAUAAAGCAAGAAAACUGAAGUCACCUAAAUCAUCUACUGGUUUUGUUUCAGACAAGACAGAGUCAGAAAACUGCGUGAUAUACACUGAGAUUGCAAAUGAUGAAUCUGAUCAACUGCAGUACGCCAACAUUUCAAUCAUCAGAAAAGAGAAAGGAGAUAAACGAGUGAACUUGAGCACAGAUACAGUCAACUACUCUGAAGUUUUCAUAAGCAGAAUACAAGUUUUAAACAGGAUUUCUUCCAAGAGGCUAGAUUCCUAGGACACAUCUUUUAGCCUACAACAAAGAGAGGAGCAGAACCAGACUUCACAGAUCAGGUCGGGAUUUGUCAUGCUCAGGUGCACAGGCCACCAAUUAGACAACUUCCCAAAACAGAAAGGUGUGCCCUCAUUUCAUACCUGGGGGGUUCUGAAGAGGAAUGGGAUUAAUGCUUUCCAUGGACAAACCUGGUUUUGUCCCCCUCUCCAGCACAGGCAAGAAGACCUUCAUAAAGGAUUAGGAUUUGAUACAGAACUGAUGCACCAUACUGCUUUAACAGCAUCAAAUUUAGAGGAUGCCACAGGCACUUUCCUAGCCAUAUAAAUAAAAAGAAAUGCUGUCUAAGAAAGCAAGAUGGGGCACUGAGAAUCUUAAGUUCUGGCUAGCUUUUCAUUUAUGCCACUGAUGCUUCAGUGAAACACCUUGGAAAAAAAAUAUCAGUUCAGACAUAAAAAUGUGGGGAAGAACCCAAACCCU